CCCCGACUAGAGGUUUUAUUUUGAAAAGCAAACGCACCGGAAAAGAUUCCCCAGAGGUGCGGAAACAAAGAUGGCGGAAGAAGAGAACCAGUUUGAAGAAUUUGAGCAGAUAGACUUUUUGAGAGACCGACAUGUCCGAUUCUUCCAGAGGACUUUGCAGGUGUUGCCUGAGCGGUACGCGUCGCUGGAAACAACCCGGUUAUCCGUUUUAUUCUUUGCCCUGUCUGGUCUGGAUGUAUUGGAUGCCCUGGAGGUGGUGGAUAGUAAAGUGAUGAUUGAGUGGAUUUACUCACAACAAGUUCUGCCCACCCAGGAUAAAUCCAACCUGAACCGUGGAGGGUUUCGUGGAUCAGCACAUAUUGGGAUUCCUUACAGCACCAAGGGUCCAGGUGUGCUCCAUCCGUACGACAGCGGCCAUGUUGCCAUGACCUACACUGGCCUGUGCUCACUGUUAAUCCUCGGAGACGACCUGAGUCGGGUGAACAAAGAAGCCGUUCUGGCUGGUCUCAAAGUGCUGCAGCUCGAGGACGGCAGUUUCUAUGCCGUGCCAGAAGGAAGUGAGAAUGACAUCCGGUUUAUCUACUGUGCAGCUAGUAUCUGUUACAUGCUGGAUGACUGGUCAGGCAUGGACAUCCAGAAAGCCAUCGAGUACAUCCGGGGAAGUUUGUCGUAUGACAAUGCAUUUGGCCAAGGAGCUGGGAGGGAGUCUCAUGGUGGUUGGACGUUCUGUGCCAUAGCCUCGCUGUGCCUGAUGGGCCGGCUGGACGAGGCUCUGAGUCCGCGCGAGCUGAACAGGAUCCGGCGCUGGUGCAUCAUGAGGCAGCACAGCGGCUUCCAUGGACGUCCCAACAAACCUGUGGAUACGUGCUACUCCUUCUGGGUGGGAGCUACACUGGAGCUCCUGGAUGUGUUCCAGUUCACACACUUUGAGAAAAACAGGAGCUUCAUUCUGUCCACGCAGGACCGUUUGGUCGGCGGCUUCGCCAAGUGGCCUGACAGCCAUCCAGACCCUCUUCAUGCCUACUUGGGGCUGUGUGGCCUGUCUCUGAUCGGAGAGCCUGACCUAAGGAAGGUCCACCCUGCUCUUAACAUCACCCAGAGAGCUUUUCAGCACCUUCAGCAGCUGCAGCAGACGUGGAGGGACAACGCCGGCAGCUGCGUCGGACAGCAGGGAAAGCAGGACGAUUUACUGCGCUAACUCUAAAGCACACCCUGUCAGUCGGUCACCGGCCGAAGGCGGCUGGAUUUCUGCCGCGUCUCAGAGAUAUUUGGCUGCUCAAGAAGUUUGAAUUGUUUGGAAUUGCGAGGAUUCAAACACUUGAGAACCUCAUUUAAAGUCCAUCUAAAGCAACUUAUUUGUUGAGCAAUAUACGCCACACCUCUUUGCUGCCUUUAAAAAAAAGAAAAAAAAGAAAACAAAAGCAAGUAGUUGUUAAUAAAGUUAUGCGGUGCGGUUUGUGGAAAUACAAUGUAAUAAUGUGCCAGAAAGUGUAAUUCACUGGAGACUUGAACAAACGUCAGAUGCCUCCAUCUUUAUUUCAUGGCCUUUUUUUUUUUUUUUUUUUGUUAAAUGAUGACACUUUUCUUCAAAGAUGUAUUGCUUUGCUUCCUUUUCUCUGCUUUGCUAACCUGCCUGGCGCUUUCGUCCGCAUGUAGCUGCUGAAUGUUUUUGACCUCCCAUGAUGCAUCAGGUCUUAAUGGGUCAUGACUUCUGCUUCUCAGUUUGAAAUCUGAUACCAUCCCUUCAGGUUCACUCCCUUCAGCUACUCGCUGUAAUGUUCUCCAGUUUCACCACUGCAGGCUUUAAUUUUCAAAGCUCAAGAGAUUGAAAUAAAAAUAGAACUGCUCGGGUGACAUCUAAAGCACGGAGCAUUUCUUUGUGUUCCGUUUGUUUAGUUCCUCUUUGAAAAAUGGGUUAAUCUCCUUUUAUAUUUGAUGAAGAGCACCUACAAACCUUGGAUUCUCCACUGAAUGCAGUUCUGGACUUUGACUGGGCCGUUUGAACAGAUCAAAACGCUGUGUUCUAACACAUUUAAUUGUACUUCUAGCUGUCUGCUUGGGGUUGUUUUCCUCCUCCUCUCCCCAAGUCUAAAGAGUUUUGCUGCCAAUAAGAGGCUUUCAUCAACCCUGACUAGUUUUAUCAUUCCUAGUGAAAAUGAAGCUUCCCACCACCAUGUUUAAAGUUGGUAAAGCUUUGUUGGGGUUUAGCUUUGGAUUUCCAUCACAUGGCGCCUUUUGCUUGUGAGCCUAAAAGUUUUGGUCUCAUCCGACCAGAGGCUUUUCUUCCGCAUUUGCUUUGUGUCAAACUCCAAACAUGGCGUUUUCUGUGAGGAUCACACAUGUGAGGAGGAAAAGCUCAUACUUUUGAUGUCAGCAGAUUGUCCCACCUGAGCAGUGGGUCCGUGCAGCUCCUCCAGAGUUAACCUGGGCCUCUUGGUUGUUUCCACGGUUUAUUCUCUCGUUUCAAUUAUUUUUUACAUUUUUAUUUUAUUUAUUAUUUCUUUAAUUUAGUUACUUUUGAAGGUGAUUGGUAGCAGUAUAUUUUAUUUAGGGUGUCAUAAUAAAUUUUUAUUUUUAUUUUUUUAUAAUUUUGAAAACCGUGUAAUUUUCCUUCCACUCCAUUAAAGUUUGGUUGUAAUGCAAAAACUGUAAAAAAACAAAAAAAACAAACAAACAAAAAAAAAGAUUAAGGAGUAUGAGUAAUUUUGUCAAACGCUGUAAAUCUUCCGUCUAGAAUUAAAACCAAAUCUCUCAUAAGCAGCAGUGUGUUAGGGAGGCUCCUCAUGACCCCUGAACUGAACUCAUUCACCUGCUUCCUCCUCCCCUGUGAGGUCGCAUCCAGCUGGAAAUCAACGGGGGGAGAUUAGACAAUGGCAUCAUAACCAGAGGAAACGGUUCUUUGAACUGUUUAUUCGUAACUCCAGAAAGGAUGCAGGAUGAAAUAAAGAACAAUGGCCAUGACUGCACCUUCAUAUGCCAGGAAGCUGAAACGGCGUUUGUCCUUCAUGAUCCCUUCUUUACUGUUGAUCGCCAUCAGAACCGACUGUCUGUAAGAAGGACUUCUGGCUUUACGUUCAGUUCAUUCAGAUGUCUGUGCAGGUGUUUGAGCUGAGGUUCAAAAUGGCGUUCAUGACCUGGCAAAGAGAGUCUUUCCACCUUUUGCCUUUACAUCAGUCGUCUGUCUUGCAGCAAGAGAAACAUUUCCAGCUUUCACACAUCGCUGCUCGAAGCAACACCUUUUACUUAUUUAUUUUUUUUCUUAAUGAGGCCACAGUGUGAGGUAACACCUCACGAGUUGACACGUGAUGAGAUGCUUUGAAAGCCUGUCAGAAACACAGCUGCCCGUCUGCUGCCUGUUCACCUGCAGCUCUUCUCUGUGUGCAGACGGCGCGUCUGUGACUGCAUUUACAAGUCGUUCUGACGCUGGGUCUGCUAUCGGGGGGGGAAAAAAAGGGGAGAAGUUGUGAGCAGAGCUGAAUGAAUAAAUAACGUGAGCCAUCUAUUAUUAACAGUAAGCUGUCAGAGGCUGGAUUCAGCUCUUUGAAUCCAGACCAAAUCCUCGGCUUUGGUGUGAAAACAAUAGGACUCUUAACUAAUGUGCGGUAUUUACAUUUCUCUUUCUCAAAUAAUGUUACCAUUUUCUUACUAUAUAUACAUAAUACAUAGAAACCAUUACCACAAAACACUUUGACAUUUUUUAAAAUGUUGCUGAAAUGUGUGGAUUCUUUUCUAUUCUAACACUCUAAUAUUGUUUUCUUUACCUGCAUACUGUAAGCCUGUUCUCUUUAGUUGAAUAUAAAGCUAACUGGAGCACUGGAAGUAAUCAGUUUUCUUCUUGGUUUUCCUACCAAAAUGAUCCAGUUUGGCUUUUAUUUGUCUGUGUACAUAGAUGAAGUCACAUGGUGAAGCCACUUUCUCCAGCUUGCCUCCUUAUUGUGCCUAAUGGAUUGUUUUCCGUCGCUGCUCUCUGAAUGCUUUGCUUUCGUUUGCUUCUCUUAUUGCCUAAUUUAGAUUUUGCUUGGAUCCUUCUAUGAAAAAUGACAGUGAAUAUCAAGUUAACUUACACAGAGAAAAGUGUAACCUGGAUAUUUGUUUAGAUUCUACAGGACAAUAUGUGUUGUUUACAUUUGUGACGAUCAGAUGUAAGUAGGCUGCUUUCCAAUUGGUAUUGUCCAGAAAUAUGUUGGGAAUAAUUUUGACAUUUGACACCGAGUGGCACGCAUGAGUGCUAAUAAAUGAUUAUUUUAGCUCAUGUCACACAGCAGUCGGGGCCCUCAGUUCCAGCAGCAUGAAAUAAAGACAGCACUGCUUUGUGCUUCCAAAAGCUGUGAAAAGAUUGUCCCAGAGAUGCAGCCAAAACACCACAUGCCGUUUUACGAAGCGCUGCUAUACAUAUUGUAACGAUAAAUCAUGUAACAAAAAAGUAUAUUGGAGUUUAUUUUUUCUAUGCUUUCUAGAAAUGUUGGUGUAGAUAAAUGUAAAUGUCAAUAAAGAUGCGACUUCUGCUGGGGAAGUGACCAGAAAGUCUUUACAUACAGAAGAACUGGACGUGCAGGUCUUGGUGUGUGACGUGUUCUUGAAGUGCAGCUUUUCGAGUUUGGACUAAUGCUGAUUCUCGCUUGGCACGGAAAUUGUAUUAUGGUAAAUAAAAGGUGUACUAACUUUGA